ACAUCAACUGCCCAUUUCCAUUACAAAAAUGUCUUCAACAUCUGGAGCUGUAAUAAAUGGUUUAGGAUCUUCAUUUCUGUGUGCAGGAAAGAGGGUGCAGGCCCUUUGGGGUGCUAGUAAUGGAGCCAGGGUGGUAACCCCUGCAACCGGAAAGAGGAAGUUGGUUGUCGUAGCGGCUGCACCGGCUAAGAAGUCUUGGCUCCCUGGGGUUAGAGGUGGUGGCAACUUAGUUGACCCCGAGUGGCUCGAUGGAUCGCUUCCUGGAGAUUACGGAUUCGACCCGUUAGGACUAGGUAAGGACCCAGUUUUCCUGAGAUGGUACAGGGAAGCUGAGCUGAUCCACGGGCGUUGGGCCAUGACCGCCGUUGUCGGCAUCUUCAUAGGCCAAGCAUGGAGUGGCAUACCAUGGUUCGAGGCCGGAGCCGACCCGGGUGCAAUAGCCCCAUUCUCAUUCGGCUCACUUCUCGGAACCCAACUCCUCCUCAUGGGCUGGGUCGAGAGCAAGCGAUGGGUAGACUUUUUCAACCCGCAAUCUCAAUCCGUGGACUGGGCCACUCCGUGGUCGAAGACUGCCGAGAACUUUGCCAACUCCACCGGGCAGCAAGGUUACCCGGGAGGCAAGUUCUUCGACCCGUUAGGACUCGCGGGAACCAUCAAGAACGGUGAAUACAUCCCCGAUUACGACAAGCUCGAGAGACUUCAGGUGGCUGAGAUUAAGCAUGCUAGGAUUGCGAUGUUGGCCAUGUUGAUUUUCUACUUGGAAGCUGGACAAGGAAAGACACCCCUCGGUGCUCUUGGGUUGUAAAGAAAAUUAAAAACUAGCAAAAAGCUAAUGUA